AUGGGCGGAAGACGAGACGGCGCGGGGGCACGCGGAGAGCGGCUUUGGUUUCGAGAGCCGUGCGACGGGCUAACAAGGGGGGUGCAAUGCGGUGCGGAGGAGUGGAGGUGCGAAGAGGAGGAGGAGGAGCAGGAGGGGAGUGGGGAGGAAGAGGAGGAGGAGGAGGAAGAGGAGGAGGGAGAGGGGGGCGUGGGAGGAGUGGGAGGAGAAGAGGAGGACAGGGAGGAGGAACCGGAUGUGAUAAGAUACAAGCAGAUGAUGGGGAGGCAGCAGAGGCAGAGCCAACAGCAACAACGAGCGGGUCAAUUGCGGCAGCAGCAGCAGCAGCAGCAGCAGCAGCAAGAACGGCAGCUGCAGCAGCGGCCGCAGCAGCAGGAGAGGGCAGGAGGCUUGGAUCUUGUGGUGCACGGUGGCAGUAAUAAUGGCAGCAGCAGCAGCGGCGGCGGCGGCGGCAACAGCAGCGGCAGCAGCAGUAAUAAGGGCCUGCGCAGGCUUGGGAGCGGUCUGAAGAAGAGCUUUAAGCCGAUGGUGCGGGGGUCUUCGCUCCCCCAGCUGUGGUCGGGGUUCAAGGUUGCUCUUUCUGAUAAGCCUCACGACGCGUCCGGGCCCAAGAUUAAGAUUGCCCGCCGCAAUGACGCUGGUGGUGCUGCUGCUGCUGCUGCUGCUGCUGCUGCUGCUGCUGCUGCCAGCAUUUGUAGUGUUGCUGAUGGCGGCGGCGUGAGUAGUGGCAGUGGCAGUGGUACUGGUAGUGCUAGUGCUAGUAACGCGUACAGCAGCAGCGGCGCCUCCUGCACGAGCCCUGCUGUGCUCGCUCCCAGCACCAACGCCUGCAGCAGCAACAGCAGCACCAUCACCACCACCACCACCACAGCGUCCAGUGCAGAAGCACCUGGCAGCAUGGCAGCCCUGGUGCGUGCACUGACCCUCCCUGCGCUGCUUGCCGAGAGAGCGUGUGCAGCAGAGGCGGUGCGUGUGGCCCUGCGCAACAGCCGCAGCAACAAGGACAAGUUCAUCUCCGCGGGAGGCGUGGGCGCGCUGCUGGCUCUGCUCCGAGACCUGCUGCUCGCGCUGCUUGGCCCGCUCGUUGGUCUGCGCGCUUUCAAUGCUCCGCUGCUGCAGCAGGGACGCCUGGUGCGACCGGGUUCGCAGUGGCAGCAGCAGCAGCAGGUACUAACCAAGAUGGGAUGGCAGCAGGAGGCAGCAAGGGGAAUUGAGCAGGGCGAACGGGCGGGGGAUGCUGAUGGUGACGCGUUGCUGCUGCUGGUGCGCGGAUUGGAGCACUGUGUGACGGCACUGCUCAACAUGUCCCUCGUGCCUGGCACCAGUCAAGUCAUUGCCGCCUCUGGAGGGAUUUCCAUCCUGGCGUGCGUGCUGCAACUCCCUGCCGACUGCGGUAGCUGCGGCGGCGGCGGCGGCGGCGGUGGCAGCGGCACGUGCAGCAAUGGCACCACCAACAUCACCACGACUUAUUGGAGCAGUGGCGGUGGCGGUGGUGACUGGAGCACGCACGGUGCAGGCGAGAGAGCGGGAAUGCUUCUGGAGGGGAGGCAGCUGGCGAGUGCAGAGGCGCAGCAGUCAGUAGCCACCAGCAAGGCCAACACCGCAGCGGCUCUCUUCGUGCUGUCAGCAGCGGAGGAGCACCGGGAGCUGGUGCGGGAGGCAGGCGCUAUUCCGCUGCUCGUGCAGCUGCUGGUGUGUGGCAGCCUGCGCGCGCGCAAGGACUCUGCACUCGCUCUCUUCCACCUCUCGCGCAACGCCCGAUGCGCUGCGGAUAUGGUGCGAGCCGGCGCUGUUGACGUGCUGCUGUCGCUGCUGCACUCGCCAGGGAGACCUGAGCAGCAGCAGCAGGGGCAGGAGCGGCUGCCGCAGCAGGGGCAGCAGGGGCGGCAGCAGCAGCAGAGGCAGCAGCAGGGAGGGCAGAGAGGGCAGUCCCAGGAGAAAGCAAGCAGCAGCACGAGAAGCAGAGCGAAGAACUCCGCUACGUGCAGGAGCGAGGUAGGAGCUGGAGGGGCGAGUUGUGGCGCUGAUAAGUUUGGCAGUGCCGGUGGUGCUGAUAGCACUGGUGAUGCUGGUGCUGCUGCUGGUGCUUGUGCUGCUGGUGGUGCCAGUGGCAGUGCGAGUGGGGAUAGCAGGGAGGAGGAAGCAGGUGGUGGCAUGGCAGGCAAGUGCUUGGCAGUGCUGGCGAAUCUGGUGAAGGUGGACGUAGGCGUGCGUGCAGUGGCAGCAGCCGUGGCACCCCACCUGCCUGCUCUCGUGCACCUGCAGCAGCAGCAGCAGCAGCAGCAGCAGCAGUAUCAGAAGCAGAAGCAGGCUCGGGAGCAGAACCGAGCGCAGCGGCAACAGCGAAACAAGACCCUUCGGAACCAGGUGGAGCAGGAUCAGGAGCAGGAGGUGGGGCAGGGGCAGGAGGAAGAGGGGGAAGGGGAGGAAGGGGAGGAAGGGGACGAAGGGGAGGAGGGGGAGGAGGUAGUGGUGGCAUUGUUGAGGUGCAUUGAGGGCAGUCGGUUCAUUCCUCUGCUGGUGCAGCUGGCAUGCUGUGGCAUGCCCCGCACAGAGAAGUGCGUGCGACCCCUGCUGCAGACACUCACCAACCGAGCACGUGAUAGGGCAGGGCACGGGGCGGGGGACAGGGCAGGGCCCAGGGCGGGGGACAGGGCAGGGGACAGGGCAGGGGACAGGACAGGGGACAGGACAGGGGACAGGGCAGGGGACAGGAGAGGGGACAGGGGAGGUGACAGUAGAGGUGACAGAGCAGGUGACAAGGGAAGUGACAGGACAGGUGACAGAGCAGGUGACAAGGGAAGUGACAGGACAGGUGACAGAGCUGGUGACAAGGGAAGUGACAGGACAGGGGAGAGACACAAGGCGCAGAGCAACAGCAGCUCUGCAUUGCCAUCGCCCCGCUCGGCAUCCUCACGACCGUCAUCCUCAGCGUCCUCCCGUCCCUCCUCCUCGUCACGCCCAUCCUCAUCCUCCUCCACCUUCUCCUCAGCUUCCUCCUUCUCCUCCUUCUCCUCUCUCUCCUCCUUCUCCUCCUCCUCUUCCUCAGUGUUCAUCCCCUCGGUUCCGUCCUCCUGGUCCUCCUCCCUCUCCUGCCAAGUGCCAUCAGCAGCAGCCCCAUCUGCUAUCUCUGCGGCCCAGCCCUUGACUCUUUCAAUCCCGUACUCACCUAAAGGCCCAUCGCUGCCGUCGCCUGUAGCAGCACCACCCGUCUCGCCCGUUCCUUCUGUUUCGGCAUCAUUAAACGAUUGCUCCCCAUUACCUCUUCCCGCCUCCCCGUUUCCCCUUCCCGCCUCCCCAAUUCCCCUUCCCGACACCCCAUUUCCUCUUCCCGCUCCCCAUUACCCCUUCGCGCCUCCUCGUUUCCCCUUCCCGCUCCCCAUUACCCCUUCCUGCCUCUGCAAUUCCCCUUCCCGCCACCCCAUUUCCUCUUCUCGCUCCCCAUUAUCCCUUCCCGCCUCCUCGUUUCCCCUUCCCGCUCCCCAUUACCCUUUCCCGCCUCCCCAAUUCCCCUUCCCGCUCCCCAUUACCCCUUCCCGCCUCCCCAAUUCCCCUUCCCGCUCCCCAUUACCCCUUCUCGCCUCCCCAAUUCCCCUUCCCGCUCCCCAUUACCCCUUCCCUCCUCCCCGUGACCCCUUCCCGCUUCCCCAUUACCCCUUCCCACUCCCCAUUUCCCCUUCCCGCCUCCCCAAUUCCCCUUCCCGCCUCCCCGCUUCCCCUUCCCACUCCCGAUUAUCCCUUCUCGCCUCCCUUCUCAAACUGCCGAACACACAUCACAGUCGCCGCCCGAUCGCACAGCCUCGCUACCACCCCCUCAUCCCCCCCUUUCUCCCUCUCAUCUCCCCCCCUGCUCCCUGUCAUGUCCCCACCUUCUCUCUCUCAUGUCACCCCCUUCUCCCGCUCAUUCCCCCCCAUUCUCCCUCUCAUUUCUUCCCCUUCCCCCUCUUAUAUCUCCCCCUACUCCCUCUCAUUCCCCCCAUGAAGCCCCUCAUUCCCCCCCUUUCUCCCUCUCAUCCUCCCCCCUGCUCACUGUUAUGUCCCCCCUUCUCUCGCUCAUUUAAAUGCCACAUAACCUCCCUCUCAUUUCCCCGCAUUCCCCCCCCCUUCCCCCUCUCGUUUCCCCCCAUCUCCCUCUCCUUUCCCCACGUGCUCCUUCUCAUUCCCCCCCCCUUCUCCAUCUCGUUUCCCCCCCGCUCAUUUCCCCCCAUCUCCUUUCAUUUUCCCCCCUUCUCCCUCUCAUAUGCUUCUAACCCCUACCGUACCCUUGGAUGA